UAAUACCCUCCUUUUGGUUUGUGGUGUUCUCUUAAUUUUUUUAUUGGCUGAAGGCCGUGGAAGCCAGGGCCGAUGAAACCAUUAAAAAAGAAUAUUUUUUUUAUUUUGCGAUUGUCAAACGCCAAAGUAAAAUCGCGGCAAAAUAUUUGUUUAUAUUUACAAAUAUUUAACAUGUAUUUGAUUUAUAAUAGUAAUGUGAUGAAAUAAUGUGGUUAAUAAUUAAAAAUUAUAUUUCAAUUGUAAUAUUUUUAUCGCUAUUUUAAAUAUUAUGAAACAAAUACUACUUCUUAGUAAUAACCUCAAAAAUAGAAUUUGUUUACACAACAAACCGUGCUUUGCUUUAAUAAAAAGAUAUAAAAGUAAUAUAAUGAAGUAUUUGAAUGUAGCUGAAAAAAAUGACGCUGCAAAGAAUAUCGCUCUUCAUCUUUCUAGAGGAACUUCUAGACGGAGAGAAGGCUUAUCACAAUACAAUAAAAUUUAUGAAUUUGAAGCAGAAGUAAGAGGUAUAAAAUGUCAGAUGGUUAUGACCUCGGUUUCGGGACAUUUGUUAGCUCUAGAAUUUGUUGGUGCUUAUAAGAACUGGAAUUCUUGCAAUCCUUUAACUCUAUUUGAUGCACCUGUAUUUAAAUAUUGUCCUGACAAUUAUGAAAAAAUUAAGAAAACUUUGGAAAGGGAGGUGAAAACUUGCCAUGGUCUAAUAAUCUGGACAGAUUGUGAUAGAGAAGGAGAAAAUAUAGGAUUUGAAAUAAUCCAAGUAUGCACUGCUGUUAAAAGCAACCUACAAAUAUUUAGAGCAAAGUUUUCUGAAAUCACAGCUGCGUCCGUAAAGAGAGCUUUGCAAAACUUAGAAACACCUAAUAAAAAUAUUAGUGAUGCUGUGGAUGUGAGACAGGAACUUGAUCUUAGAAUAGGAGCAGCAUUCACGCGAUUCCAAACACUUCGCCUUCAAAAAGUGUUUCCUAGGAAAUUAGCUGAGAGUCUUGUCAGCUAUGGUUCAUGUCAGUUUCCAACACUAGGUUUUGUGGUUGAGAGGUACAGGGCAGUAGAAAACUUCAUUGCUGAACAGUUUUGGAAAAUUCGAGUUAACCACACAUUGAACAGUUUGAGUGUUGAUUUCGCUUGGGAUCGUAUUCGACUUUUUGACAGAGAAGCCUGUCAAGUUUUACAUGAUAUAUGUACAGAAAAUCCUCUAGCCAAAGUCUGUGAGGUCAAAACUAAACCCAAAUCUAAAUGGAGACCAUUGCCUUUAGACACUGUGGUAAGUUCAAUUAUUCUAUUAUUGGCAACACUGAAUGAUGAUACAUUAAAUACUGUGGUUAAAUCACAUUGUUUUACCAUAAAAUCAGUUUACUAUUAUUUAUCUGGAAACACGUAUGUAUUUAUUCUCUAUAUGAAUAUGUCGUGUCUAGAGUAUGCGCGACAUAGUUUAAAGAGAGAAUGAUGUGGGCAAUAAAAUGUGAUGUUUUCCAGAACGAAAUCUUUUAUUUUUACUUAAUUAAACCUUAUUUUUUUAAAGGUGACACAUGAACCGCACGCAUUAUUAUCCAGGUUAAAAACGCUAAUUUUAUUUCAUAUCUUUUCUUUUAUUCCCACACACUUUGCCUCUCUUUUAUUCAUCAUCUUAUUACAUCAUUUCCUAGAAACAUAUUGUGUAUUCGUUUUUUAAUGGACACAUUUUUAUCUUAUUUUUAGGAAUUGGAGAAACUGGCAUCACGAAAAUUAAAAAUUAAUGCAAAAGAAACAAUGAGACUAGCAGAAAAGCUAUAUACACAGGGUUUUAUCAGCUACCCUCGUACUGAAACAAAUGAGUACCCUAAAGAGAUGAACCUCGCACAGUUAGUGGGGUUACAAACUGAUGAUCCCAAUUGGGGCGUAUUUGCCAAAAGAAUAUUAGAUAAUGGUGGGCCAUCUCCACGUCAAGGCAACAAGAGUGAUAAAGCUCACCCUCCAAUACAUCCCACUAAGUAUACUAACAGUUUAUCAGGCAAUGAGCAAAGGCUGUACGAGUUUAUAGUCCGUUCAUUCUUAGCGUGCUGUUCCCAGGAUGCGAAAGGUCAAGAAACAACAGUUGUAAUUGACGUUGCCAAUGAAAAAUUUUCAGCAAAUGGGCUUAUGAUUACUGAAAGGAAUUAUCUCGAAGUCUAUCCUUACGAUAAGUGGUCAUCCAAGGAAAUCCAUGUUUAUCAAACUGGUCAAACAUUUAAUCCCACCAGCAUAGAUAUGUUGGAUGGCAGCACAAGUCCGCCCAAUCUCCUGACUGAAGCUGACCUCAUCGCAUUGAUGGAGAAACAUGGAAUUGGAACUGACGCUACUCACGCGGAACACAUAGAAACCAUAAAAAACCGUUCAUACGUCGCUCUGGCAGAUGCCAUUCAUUUUGUUCCUGGACUACUUGGCAUGGGACUCGUGGAAGGUUACGACGCCAUGGGCUUGACAAUAUCCAAGCCUCAUCUCAGGGCGCAAUUAGAAGCAGACUUGAAAGCAAUAAGCGAGGGGAGAAAAAAUCCACAGCAAGUGUUAUCUGAACAGGUGGCAAAAUACAAAGAGGUUUAUGUAACAGUGGCUGCUGAAGCAAAUAAAAUUGACAGCGCUCUAGCAGAGAGGUUUAGCGAGAGACCAAAUGAAUACAAUCCAGGCAAUGAAAUAUUACCCAUCGAAAUGCCUUCAGCGCUAAAAUGUCCAAAAUGCAAUUCAGACAUGGUAGUACGACAAAAGAAGAAUAAUGCAGAUGAAUAUUAUAUUGGAUGCCUAUCUUACCCCAAUUGUAAAAAUGCUGUUUGGCUUCCUACCAUAGUAAAAACAUUAACUGUGUUACCUGAAACUUGUCCAGUGUGUGGACCUAAUUAUAAGAAAAUAAAGUUUGAAUGGAGAAACAAUUCGAUUAGUCAUCUAUACCCACCUCCUUAUGUUGCCUGUAUAGGAGGCUGUGAUACAACUUUCCUAGAACUCUUGAAAAUAAACCUUUCCAGUGUGAAAGCCGUAAAUACUAGAUCUGAAACUACUAAUCCAAUUAGAAAUAACACAAUAAGUAUGGCAAACAGUAAUAUUAUAAGGGAUACGAGAAAUGUUGUAGCUAUAAGACAAAAUGAAAGCAGACCCAAUAACAAUCCACGACAAUUUGUGCCUCCGCCCCCUGCAAAUACGGGUCAAAAUCCCGUUAAUGUCACUAGAAUGCCAAUACCAAGAAAUGAUAACCCUUCUGACGACAAUAACGUGAUAUGCGGUUGUAACCAACCAGCUGUAUUACUAACAGUAAGGAAGCAAAAUGCAAAUUAUGGAAAGAAGUUCUACAAAUGUUCGAUGGGUAAAGACAGAGGUGGUUGCGAUUUCUUUUUGUGGGCACCAGAAUCCGCUGUUGUUCAAAACAAUUUCGAGACUCCACCGCCAUCUAGUACAUCGUGGGGAAAUGAUUCAGUGCAAGGGUCAAAUAGUAGUGACACUACUAGAGGGUGGGGUAUUACUCCCAGCUUUUCUAGGGAUGACUUUCCUGUGAACGAGGAAAACGUUAUGUGCAACUGCAACUUGCCAGGCAAAAAAUUGACAGUACAGAAAGAGGGCCCCAACAAAGGUCGCCAGUUUUACGGAUGCCCUAAAGAUUUCAGUUCUCGUUGCAACUUUUUCCAAUGGGCAGAUGGCGGAGGCAGUAGUGGCGGUGGAGGUACGUUUACACAUAGUACGU